AUGGACACCCCAAAACCCAUUCUUAUCACUGGCGCAACCGGCAAUCAGGGGUCAGCCGUCAUCGCUGCCCUACACGCUGAAGAUGCUUCACGCUCUGAAAAGAAAUUCCUCCUCUUAGCCGUCACCCGCAACGUCUCCUCCCCCGCUGCCCAGAAACUCGAGCAGAAGUACCCCGGCCUCAAACUCGUCCAAGGCGACCUCAACGCCAUUCCCGAGAUCUUCACCCAAGCCGAGAAAGUCCUCGAGCAAGCCAACCACGGCACCACCAAGAUCUGGGGAGUCUACUCCGUCCAGAUCUCCAUGGGCACGGGCGUGACCUUCGACAGCGAAAUCGCGCAGGGGACGGGCCUCAUCGACGAGAGCAUCACCCGCGGCGUGCAGCACCUCGUCUACAGCUCCGUCGACCGCGGCGGCGACAAGGUCUCCUGGGACGCCGAGACCCCGAUCCCGCAUUUCCAGAGCAAGCACCGCAUCGAGCACCACCUGCGAGACACGGCUGGGGCCAAGGGCGGGAAGAUGAGCUGGACGGUCCUGCGCCCGGUUGCGUUUAUGGAGAAUCUGCUCCCGGGCAUGCCGACGAAGGUCUUCCUGGCGGCGAUGCGCGACACCAUGGGCGAGAAGCCGAACGAGUGGGUCAGCGUGGUUGAUAUUGGGCGGUUCGCGCAGAAGGCAUUCACGGCGCCGACGGACCCGCGGUAUUUCUGCACUGCGAUUGGGAUUGCUGGGGCGAGGUUGACGUUUGCGGAGUUGGAUGCUACGUUUAAGAAGGCUACGGGGAGCGGGGCGCCGGCGACGUAUUGGGUGUUUGGGAGUGUGCUGAUGCGGUUGGUGAAGGAGGUUAAUUUGAUGCUUACGUGGUUUGCGACGGAUGGGUAUGGGGUUGAUGUUGAGGACUUGAAUGGGAAAGAGGGCGUGAUGGACUUUGAGACUUGGCUGAGGGAGAGAAGCGCGUUUGUGGAAAGGGUCCGUGGGGCGGAUACUCGACGACGUUUCAUGGUUAUGUAG